GCUCGUAGAGAGCGUGGGGGAAACCGAGGUGCUGCCUGGCGACGGGGGCCGGGCGUCUCCACACCCGCGCCCGCAUAGGCCCCUCUGGUGUCCCCGGGGUUGCCCCUUCCCCUCAGAUCUCCUCCCCUCAUAGCCGGCCGCCCUCGUCGCCUCAGUUUGUGAGAUGGCUGCUGAGCUUUCUGAGUCCAGUGGGCCUGAUAGUAAAGGAGACCCGAAGAGCAAUGCCAAGUUAGAUACAGAUUACCCACUUCGAGUCCUUUAUUGUGGAGUCUGUUCGUUACCAACAGAGUACUGUGAAUAUAUGCCUGAUGUUGCUAAAUGUAGGCAAUGGUUAGAGAAGAAUUUUCCAAAGGAAUUUGCAAAGCUUACCGUAGAAAAUUCACCCAAACAAGAAGCUGGAAUUAGCGAGGGUCACGGAACAGCAGGGGAAGAGGAGGAGAAGAAGAAGCAAAAGAGAGGUGGAAGGGGUCAAAUAAAACAGAAAAAGAAGACCGUACCACAAAAGGUGACGAUAGCCAAAAUUCCCAGAGCAAAGAAGAAAUAUGUAACAAGAGUGUGUGGCCUUGCAACUUUUGAAAUUGAUCUGAAAGAAGCACAAAGGUUUUUUGCUCAGAAAUUCUCCUGUGGUGCCUCAGUGACAGGGGAGGACGAGAUCAUCAUCCAGGGAGACUUCACGGAUGACAUAAUCGAUGUCAUUCAGGAGAAGUGGCCGGAGGUGGAUGAUGACAGCAUUGAAGAUCUUGGAGAAGUAAAGAAGUGAUUUUGAAAGUUUGUAUUUAAUGAUCUGAACUGAGUUGAUACGGCCAAAGAAAGGAAGGCCUUUUAAAAAAUAUAUGUAUUUAUGCUACGGUAUAACUGUAGACUACCCUUGUCCUUGGCAUUUUCACUGACCUGUACAAGGCUGGUUUUUGUUUUUUUUUUGUUUUUUUUAAUUGCCAAAGUCUAAGAAACAGGGCAUACUGUCAUGCUUAUGCAUGAAAUAGAAUUUAGUCAAAUAAAAAUUUUUGAUCAUUUGGUACUGACUUCUCUAUCUUUUUAACUUAUUUUUGGAGAAACACUGUGGACCUUUUGUGGGAAGCAUCUCUCUUGAUUAUUUUUACUGAUUUUAAGUUGAAUAAUUUUAAAAAAGAAUUUGAAUUUGACUUCCUCACCAGUAAUAUCUGUCCGUGUGCUCCUUUGAUGUGAUAGCUUUGAGAUGGGCAGGGAUCUCAUAGAUUUGUGGUUGAAUUUGCUUCAUUGUUAUCAACAAAACCUACUUUGUGGGUGCAUUAAUAUACUGUGGGUAGGAGUUGUUCAAACCAUUCUGGAGAUUAUUUGCUAAAGUAUAUUAAAAGCCUUACAGCCAUGUGCACUGUUUAACCUAGUAAGCCACUUCUUUGACAUUGUCCUAAAGAAAUAAUCAGCCUUGCAUAAAAGUUAAGAAUGAGUGUGUUCAUCACAAUGUGAUUUCUGAUAUCAAAAAGUUGAAAAUGAUACAAAUGAACAAUUGAGGAAUGGUUAAAGAAAUCAUGGUACACCAUGUGAUAGAAUAUCGAGGCGGUGGUGGCGGUGGUAGGUGCCAUCAAGUCGGUUCCGACUCACAGCGACCCUAUGUACAACAGAACAAAACAAUCCAGGCCUAUGCCAUCCUCACAGUCACUGCUCUGUUUGAUCCCAUUGUUGCAGCGACUGUGCCAAUCCAUCUGUUGAGGGUCUUCCUGUUUUUGCUGAAGUAUGAUGUCCUUCCCCAGGGACUGGUUCCUUCUCAUAAGAUGUCCAAAGUACCAGAGACGAAGUCUCGCCUUCCUCACUUCCAAGGAGCAUUCUGGCUGUACUUCUGCCAAGACGGAUUUGUUUGUUGUUCUGAUAGUCCAUGGUGUAUUAAUGGAUAUAUUUGAAAAUCAUAUUUUCAAGAUUACUUGGAAACAUAUUUGGUAAUACUAAAUGGGGGACAGACCCCAAAUCCAUUUUAUACAUUUUUUUUUUGCAAUUGUGGUAACAAUAGAACAAAACGCCUGUCAUGUUAACAUUUUUUACAUAUAUUUUCGGUGGCAUUAAUUACGUGUACGUUUACGUUCAUUUUUGUCAUUGUAUAAAUGGAAGGACUUUGAGAGAGACUGACAGUUACUGUUCUGGCUUUAAAUUGUAUGCAUAAAAUUUUGCUAGCCAGUUAUAAAUAAUUCACAUCCAUACUCAAUAUAUAAUCUGGCAAUUGAACAUGUUUUUCUCAUAAGGGAAACAGUGACAAUUCUAGUCAAUCCAUUAAAUGAAUUUAAACUUUGUUUUUAAUAAAGGUCUUAAAUCAGGUGCUACAAAUUGAAAAGAAUGAUGGUAUCUUAAACUGCUAAUCGACUCAUCGGCAAGGGGUUUGAGCUUUGGCUUAUUGGACAUCUUUGAGAAACUUAGAGACCGUAAAACCAUUGUGUAUUGUCAUGUAAAUUGAAUCUUCAGUGAAUGAGAGAUUUUAAAAAUAAUGACAGUCUUAGAAAAAGAUGUGUAAUAAAGAUGUAAGUUAAGAAAAUGAAACUCUGCACUGAGUUUUACUAAAUUGGAUUAUCUGAUAAAGCAAAUUUAUCCGUCAAGGCCAUUUGGUAUGUGUUAUGUAUUCUGUUGGUAGUGGAACGUGUGUGCGGCCGUAUCAACACAGGUGAGUUCAUGUAAAGAUUCUUAAUGUUCACCGUUCUUGGCAAAUGCGGUGGAUGUUACUGUAGGAAAUGCAGGAUUAAAAUUAUCCUUCUGUGUAA